AUGGCCUCUUCCCUCCGCGACAUCACCUCCCGAGUGACCUCACGCCUUUGCCGCAGCAGCGUGUGCACUGAGGAUGCUGCCGCGCCAGCCUUUCCCUUCAGCACCCUGGAGGCCCUAGAGAAGGAUAUGGCCCUGAAGCCACAUGAGCGGAAGGAGAAGUGGGAGCGUCGCCUCAUCAAGAAGCCCCGGGAGUCGGAAACCUGCCCCCCUGCGGAGCCGAGUGAGAACAGGCGGCCCCUGGAGGCAGGCAGCCCCGGGCAGGACCUCGAGCCCGCCUGCGAUGGGGCGAGGAAGGUCCCACUGCAACCCUCCAAGCAGAUGAAGGUCACCGUGUCCAAAGGGGGCGACCGGGACAGUGACGACGACAGCGUCCUCGAAGCCACCAGCUCCCGGGACCCGCUCAGCGAUAGCUCUGCGCAGGCGGUCUCAGGGAGAGGCUACUCUUGCGACAGCGAGAGCGGCCCGGACGACAAGGCAUCCGUGGGCUCCGAGAAGCUCUUUGCCCCAGGAACCGAUAAAGGCCCAGCGCUUGAGAAGUCGGAGGCCAAGGCCGGGGCGGUGCCCAAGGUGUCAGGCCUGGAGCGCAGCCGUGAGAAUGGAGAAGGGGGGAUGCAUGUGGCUGUCUCUUAUACACAUCUCAUGUUUGCCGCGCCCCCAACACUGCCCCCGCCCCCGGCGCUGCCGGCCAGCAGCCUGGUCCUCCCCGGACACCCGGCCGAUCACGAGCUGCUCAGGCAAGAGCUGAACACGCGGUUUCUGGUGCAGAGCGCCGAGCGGCCUGGCGCCUCCCUGGGCCCGGGGGCUCUGCUGCGGGCGGAGUUCCAUCAGCACCAGCACACACACCAGCACACGCACCAACACACACACCAGCACCAACACACAUUCGCCCCCUUCCCCGCAGGGCUGCCCCCGACGCCGCCCGCCGCACCCCCGCCGUUUGACAAGUACGCACCCAAGCUGGACAGCCCCUACUUCCGACAUUCCAGCGUGAGUUUCUUCCCGUCCUUCCCUCCUGCCAUCCCGGGACUGCCCAGCCUGCUCCCACACCCCGGCCCCUUCGGGUCCCUGCAGGGUGCUUUUCAGCCCAAGGUGUCUGACCCGUACCGGGCGGUGGUCAAGGUGAGUGUGCGUUGGGAAGGCCUGUGGCAGGAGACUCUGGUGCCUCCGGGGUGGCCUCGGGGGGCCCGUGACAGGAGUCGUCUGCGGAAGACAUGGGUGGGGGUGGUGCCAGCCCCACUGAGUGCUUCCGUCCUGUCUCAGAAGCCAGGGAGGUGGUGUGCCGUGCACGUGCAGAUCGCCUGGCAGAUCUAUCGCCACCAGCAGAAGAUGAAGGAGAUGCAGCUGGACCCCCACAAGCUGGAGGUGGGCGCCAAGCUGGACCUGUUCGGCAGACCCCCCGCCCCGGGCGUGUUUGCUGGCUUCCACUACCCACAGGACCUGGCCCGGCCCCUCUUCCCCAGCACAGGUGCCGCCCAUCCUGCCUCCAACCCAUUUGGAGCCUCAGCCCAUCCCGGCAGCUUCCUGCCCGCUGGCCCCCUGACAGACCCUUUCAGCAGACCGAGCACCUUUGGGGGCCUGGGGAGCCUGAGCAGCCACGCCUUUGGGGGCCUGGGCAGCCACGCACUGGCUCCUGGCGGCAGCAUCUUUGCCCCGAAGGAGGGCUCCUCUGUGCACGGCCUGCCCAGCCCCCACGAGGCCUGGAACCGACUGCACCGGGCACCGCCCUCCUUCCCCGCUCCACCCCCGUGGCCCAAGUCCGUGGAGGUGGAGCGGGGGUCAGCCCUGACCAACCAUGACCGAGAGCCGGACAAUGGCAAGGAGGAGCAGGAACGCUCUGUGCUGAGCCCCGGGGUAUGGGGACCAAAGUUCUGCUCCCCGGCGACUCCUCUCUGCAAUGGGGAGUGA